UUUAACGACCUUCCCGCUGAGAUCGUCGCCAUCAUCGUACAAGAUGCUGCAAAACCCACUUUUACUCAAGACGAGGAAUAUGAGCUGAUGAAUCUGUACUCAACCGCUCGUGAACUUUGUCUCGUCUCCCGCGCUUUUAGGCACAUUGCACUGCCUAUAAUGUUGCACACAGUAUUACUGGAUUCUCGUAACAUGCCAGCUUUCUUGCAUGCUCUACAUAUGCAGAACGAAUACGCUCACACCUAUCCUGCUCUUCGUUUCGAGUACACACCUUACAUACGCAACAUCUGGUUUGGAGAGCGUUGUGGUGGGCGUCCCUCAGACGCUCACGUCUACAGCCGCUUUACCUCUGAGCCUGUGUCAGACCUUGAGCUCAUCGCUCCAGUACUCCUGAGCGCAUCGUCACUAGCGAUCGAGUUCUGGUGUCUAGACCUCCUGGAAUACUGUGUAGAGCUCGCAUGGGGCCGUAUGGACGACAACAUAGACCGUGGAUGUUUGCCACUUCCGUGGAACAUAAAAACAUUAACGUUAUCGAGGAUCACCUGUGAUUCAUGGGACAUGACGAGGCUUGCGUCAGGAUCAGCCUUCCUGGCAUCCAUCACCCACCUUAUCGCCAUCCCUCCCGAUGAGCGUGACAUAUCUUCACACAUCCUUUUUCGGACUAUGUGCGGUGUUGGAUGUCAAAGCUACGCUGCACCUCUGUGGAUGGAGUACGUUCCGUGGGGUUCUUUCGAGAGACUCGAAAGAGUCUCUUUG